CAUUUUGUUCUUUUUAUGUUAAAAUUGGAUUGUAAUUUUUCGGACAUUGACUGCGUAAUAAAUAAUGAGUAUAUAUUGAUUCCUACUUAUCAAAUUUUAUUUCCAAAAUUUUAUCUAACUACUGCGUUUGUUAAUGUCGAAAAGGGGGACCUCGCCAAGAAGAAAAUCUAUCCGACUCUCUGGUGGCUCUUCCGAGACAAUCUCCUACCGAAACCUACCGCCUUCGUCGGUUAUGCUAGAAGCAGAUUAACAGUAGAACAAUUGCGUGAGAAGUGUCAUCCAUACAUGAACGUGAAUCCGGACGAGGAGGAAAAGUACGAAGAAUUUUGGAAGCUGAAUCACUACGUCGCUGGUUCCUACGAUCAGAAGAAAGACUUUGAGCUACUAAAUCGUGAAUUACAAAAGUUUGAGCAAGGAAACACUGCGCACAGGCUGUUUUAUCUGGCACUACCACCGAGCGUGUUCGAAAGCGUGACGAUACGACUCCGGCUUACCUGUAUGGCAAAGAAAGGAUGGACGAGAAUUAUAAUCGAGAAGCCAUUCGGCCACGAUGCUGCCUCGUCGCAGAAACUUUCCGAUCACUUGGCGACGCUGUUCAGCGAGGAGCAAAUCUACCGUAUUGAUCACUAUCUCGGCAAGGAGAUGGUGCAGAAUCUGAUGACCUUGAGAUUCGGAAACAGGAUAUUCAAUCCGACAUGGAAUCGGGACAAUGUAGCUUCAGUGCAGAUCACAUUCAAAGAACCAUUCGGCACUCACGGUAGAGGCGGCUAUUUCGACGAGUUCGGCAUCAUCAGAGACGUCAUGCAGAAUCACCUGCUGCAGAUCUUGUCCUUGGUAGCUAUGGAGAAACCUGCGUCUUGUCAACCGGAUGACAUCAGAAACGAGAAGGUAAAAGUUCUCAGAUGUAUCAAAGACGUGCAGCUCGAUCAGGUGGUCCUCGGUCAAUACGUCGGAAACCCGGACGCUGAGGAACCGGAAGCACGUUUAGGCUACUUGGACGAUACCACAGUACCAGCCGGAUCCAAUACGCCGACAUUCGCGUUUGCAGUGCUAAAAAUAAACAAUGAAAGGUGGGACGGAGUACCGUUCAUCCUGAGAUGCGGAAAAGCUCUAAACGAAAGGAAAGCAGAAGUUAGAGUACAGUACCAAGAUGUACCGGGUGAUAUCUUUGAUGGGAAAGCAAAAAGGAACGAAUUGGUGAUCAGGGUGCAACCAGGCGAAGCAUUGUACAUUAAAAUGAUGACAAAGUCACCCGGCAUCACGUUUGACAUGGAAGAAACGGAAUUGGACUUUACUUAUGGCAGUAGAUAUAAGGGUCUUAAAUUACCGGAUGCCUACGAGAGAUUAAUUUUAGAUGUCUUUUGCGGUUCGCAAAUGCAUUUCGUGCGAAACGACGAGUUGCACGAAGCAUGGCGGAUAUUCACGCCGUUGCUUCAUCAAAUUGAAAAAGAAAAAAUCCAACCGAUUCCAUAUAAAUAUGGAUCCCGAGGGCCGAAAGAAGCUGACGACAUGGCGAAGAAUAAUAAUUUCGCGUACUAUGGUUCGUACAAAUGGGUGAAACCAUGAAAUCAAUGUUGAUUGUGAUAUGAGAUUCAUCACGCAAAGUACAAAUUUUAAAAUAUCUAAGAAUAUUUAAAGCGACGCAACUGUUGACUGUCACAUUCCAAAAUUUUUGCUAAAUCGUCGUAUAUAAAUAUUUUUUUACAAUUUUAUAUGUAAUAUUUAUAUAUAUUUUACUAUUUGUAUCUUAUUGAUAAUAUUUACAUAUCCGAUUUUAUCAUAUAUGUGAAAACAUAAAGUUUGUUCUCUGUCGCUGAACUUUCUGCAUUAAAUGUCGAAAGUAUGCACUGAAGCGUUCUUUUGAGUGAAAUAGACGAUAUCAGAUAUAGCUAUUUUUCUGUCAUAAUGUAGCAGUAUUUGCAGUGCAACAGUUUAUUGUAAUCUCUAUAUUAGGCCUGAAAAUGUAACAAUUGCAAAUUUGCAAUACUGAUAUAAUAAGCGGAAGAUUAAAAAAUCUACUUGAUUUAAAACUAAAGCAGUAAUAUUCCGAAUUUAUGAAAAUGCAAGAAAGUAAUUAAAGUAUACAUACGCGCAUACACACAAAUAUAUAUACAUUGUUAUAUAUACGUUGUGUUACUUUAUAUAUUUCCGUUUUCAUUAAUUUAAAUUCUCCUAAGAUUUUUAUAUUUUAUUACUUAAAACAAGUUUAACAUAUUACAUUAUGUACUAUCAUUAUUUUCAGUCCAGAUUGGUUUUAACAAUUAUAAUAAAAUUAAAAAUUUUUUUUCUGAAAAAUCAAUUCUAAAUUACAAACUGAUUUAAUCAGUUGUAUUAUGCCGUUUUAUCUGUUAUGUUGAUCUUCGCAUUCUUUAUAUCUCGAAAUCGUCAGUACAAGAGAGCUGCACUAGUGCAGCCACAAAGAACAAACCUAUAACAUCCUAUUGAGGCUACCUUAAGAUCAAGAUUGCGGGGGAAUGUGAAUCAGUCUUUCUUUUAGAUUAGUUUUAUUAAAUCUUGACAAUCGAAACAUGUGUGAUACCAAUCGCGGCAUCCUGUACAACUGUCUUUGAUAGCAUAAAUUGUACAAAUCAUUGUACGCUAGAGAUCUGUGUGAGAUUAUUCGAUUGGGUAACUUACGUUAAAUAAAUAAAAGAAAGUUGACUUGC